AUGGCUAAACGCACCAAGAAGGUUGGAAUUGUCGGUAAAUACUGGACACAUUAUGGUGCCUCCCUCAGGAAAAUGGUGAAGACGACUGAAAUGAGCCAGCACGCCAAAUACUCUUGCUCCUUCUGUGGCACAACCAAGAUGAAAAGACGAGCUGUGGGGACCUGGCAUUGUGGUUCCUGCAUGAAAACCGUAGCGGGUAGUGUCUGUACCUCCAACGCCACUUCUGCUGUCACAGUAAAGUCGGCCAUCAGAGGACUGGAGGAGUUGAAAGACCAGUAGAAUCUCCACCAUUUGAAACACUGCUAGCCUAUGAUA